CAAGAUACCUUCAUGUUACUGAUGCAUGUGACGGAGGCUUCUGUCUGACCCAGGAUAUUGCCCUGAGUGGUAUAAUCACUCGUCUCUGUGCUUGUGUAAGGAUCCCAAAGACAUUUUAGAAUUCUGCCAAGACAGCUCAGAACGAGUGACCAACCUGAAAAGGACUCCUUACUGAAAUGGUGACUCAGGAAAUAGCUCAAGAUACAAAUGCAAGUGUGAAUAAAGAGACAUGUAAAAAAUUCCACUUUGAAGAUUUAAUAAUCACCAAUCCUCUCCUACACCUAGGCAUCUUCAUCAUUAUUUUUUGGUGGAUGAAUUAUCAUAAUCAUGAGAAAAGGAAGAAAGAAGAGCAAGGUGAACCUAGGAAAGAAAAUGGUGAACUCAAGGAGAAAAAUGGAGAAUUGCAAAAGGAAAUUGAUCAGAGAAGAGCCCAAUUUAGGAAUGACUGGCAGAACGCAUCAUUGUACCCUGACUGGAGGAAAGAAUUUUUCCAGGCUGAGAAUAUUAUUGUCUUUGCAGCAAAUGUUAUUCUAGAUCCAGUCACAGCCCAUCCUGCACUCAUCUUGUCUGAAGAGAACAGAUGUGUAAGCUGUGGAAAGAAGCCUCAAGAUCUACCUAAGGACCCACAGAGAUUUAAUUCCCUUCCCUGUGUUCUAGGACACCCAAUCAUCACCUCAGGGAGGUGCUACUGGGAAGUAGACAUCAGAGAUAGUGGAGCCUGGGACCUGGGAAUAUGCAGGAAUAAUGUAAUGAGGCAGGGGAGGAUUUGUGUAAAACCUGAGGAUGGUUUCUGGGCCAUCAGGUUUUAUAAAGAUGAGUACUGGGCACUCACUUCUCCAGAAAUGCAGCUUACUGUAAGAAAGCACCCUACCAGAAUGUGUAUUUUCUUAGAAUAUGAGGAUGGACGUAUCUCAUUCUACAAUAUGACAGAUAAAUCCCACAUUCACACCUUCUCUCAAGGUUCCUUUAAUGGGUCUGUAAGGCCUUUUUUCAGGCUUUGGCUCAAUGAUUCAAAACAUUUGACCAUCUGUCCAGUGCCUGAAGCAUAACUUUUACUGUGAUCCCUCCUCUAUAUUAUCAGCAUCCUAAGACCUGCAGGUCAGUCUGGACUGAAGUACGAGGACAUGACAUGAAUUCUCCUAUACCAGAAACAAAUUAUUUUUUCUUGUCCUUUUCUUUGAUUCUCCCUAACAUUUUAUCUCCUUCAAUGACUCCUCAAAGGCAUGGUGCAGCAUGGAAAAAUGUGUGCUGCUUAUGCUAUGUUUAAUGAAAAUGAAAAUGUAUAUACAUAUAAAACAUAUGCACAUUCAUAUAAUAUAACCAUUUUAUUACUAUAAAUGUACACAAGGAACUAGUGUGUGUGAUUGCCCAAACAAUGUUGAAACUUCUUUAAUAUCUGACAAAGGUAGAAAUAAGGAGAAUAACCUUAUAUUUUAUACUCUUUUUUAUCUUUGGGUUUUGAACUAUGCUUAUAAAAUGAUAUGCAGAAAAAUAAAAUUAGUUUCAAAUACAUGAAUAAUUGAAGUGUUCUCAGUUGUCUAAUCAGUAAGACAUUCACAGGGAAGCAAAUAUUUCCUAGUUUAUUCCUCAAUUUAUCAUUUUCUUUUCAUGAAAUUCAUUCUUACACUUUUUAUUCUCUUUACUCUCUUAUGAAAUAUGGAUGCAUUCCUUUCUGUUCCUAUCACCAUUUAUAUUUUUAGAGGCCAUUUUCUUAAUUUACAUGUAGUCAAAUUGACUUUUUACAAUACAAGCCUGUGAGUUUUAACAUUUUUAGAAACUCAUGUGGCCAGUGCUACACUCAAGAUACAAGAUAAGGACACAAGUCCCUUUGUCCCCAUACACACUUUUAUGUUGUUCUCUUGUAGUCAAACUUUUUGUAAAUGCC